AUGAUCCAACCAGUAAUGUUUCAAAAAUUUACAAAACAUUGGUUUCCAGUGGUACAGGCAGACCAGGUGUACCUGCUCAUGAAGAAAGAGUACAGAAUAUCUCGCAACAUCCGCGCAUCGUGGUACUUCCACCAUCUCAACGAAAAUAUUGAACUUCAAGAGCGACAAAGCCUCGCGGAGUACAAGGGUGAGCUGGAUGUGCUAUCUGUGAUACCGAGGGUGAGCGAGCGAGGCGGCGGCCACGCGCAGCAGCAGUACCGCGUCACUCCCUCCACCGACAUCACGUUCUUCGCACACUGCUACCGCAUUGUCUUCGUCCUCGACCUCAGUCCAUCGACCGGGAUAGUCUAUAUGUAA